AUGAGCUUCCUUAGACAGGUCAGACUUCUGCUGUGGAAGAACUGGACACUCAGGAAAAGGCAAAAGCUUCGUUUUCUGGUGGAGCUUGCAUGGCCUUUGUCUUUAUUUCUUGUCCUUGUCUGGCUGAGGAAGGCUAACCCAGUCUAUCGCCAACAUGAAUGCCAUUUUCCAAAUAAGGCUAUGCCCUCUGCAGGAACGCUGCCAUGGUUACAGGGCAUCUUCUGUAACAUGAACAAUCCUUGUUUCCGAAGCCCCACCCGUGGAGAAUCUCCUGGCGUUGUGUCUAACUACAACAAUUCCAUCUUAGCAAGAGUGUAUCAAGAUGCUCAAGAGCUCCUACUCCAAGCACCUGAAAUCCAUGACCUGGGCAGAAUCUGGGAGGAAUUGCGCAUUAUGAUCCAGUUUAUGGAAACAAUGAGGACUAAUCCUGAAAGAAUUGCAGGUAGAGGGUUAAGAAUCCGAGACAUCUUGAAAGAACAGGAGACUCUGACGUCCUUUCUGCUGGAUGAUGCUGGCCUCUCAGACUCAGUGGUUUUCCAGCUGAUUAAUUCUCAAGUGCGCCCUGAACAGUUUGCCUAUGGAGUCCCUGACUUGACUCUGAAGGACAUUGCCUGUAGCCAGACCCUACUCAACCGCUUCAUUAUCUUCAGCAGCCAAAGGGGUAUGCAUGCUGUGUACAAUGCAAUGUGUGCCCUUUCCCAGGAGAACCUGCAGCAAAUAGAAGACUCCUUGUACGCAAAUGUUGAUUUCUUUAAGCUUUUCCAGCUGCUUCCCACUGUUCUAGACAGUAAGUCGCAAGGUGUUGACCUGAGAUCCUGGGGGAGAGUGCUGUCUAAUGUGUCUCAAGCAGUGCGAGAGCUAGCCAGAAGGCCAAGCAUUCAGGACCUUUUGUUGGUUCUGCAACCGUUUGUACAAGGUGGAGGGCCAGAAUCCUUCAGCCACCUGAUGAGCACCUUGUCUAAUCUUCUCUGUGGCUAUCCAGAGGGAAGUGGUUCCAGAAUAUUCUCCUUCAACUGGUAUGAAGAUAAUAACUACAAAGCCUUCCUAGGGGUUGACUCCACCAAGAAGGAAUCCAUUUAUUUUUAUGACAAUACAACCACACCCUUUUGUAAUGCAUUGAUCCAGAGCAUGGAAUCAAACCCUUUAACCAAAAUAGCCUGGAGUGCUGUAAAGCCCCUGCUGAUGGGAAAAAUCCUCUUUGCUCCUGAUUCGCCUGCUGUAAAGCAAAUACUGAAGAAUGCAAACUCCACAUUUGAAGAACUUGAGCGCCUCAGACUGUUGACCAAAGCCUGGGAAGAAGUGGGACCUCAGCUGUGGCACUUCUUUCAAAGCAGCCUGCAAAUGAAUAUGAUCCGAAACACUCUGAAGAACCCCACGGUGAGAGACUUCUUGAAUGGACAGCUGGGUGCUGAAGGUUUAACUGCUGAAGAUGUGAUCAACUUUCUCCAUAAUGGAUGUCCAGAGAACCGCGAAGAGGGUGUGGCAGACUUUGAUUGGCGGAAUAUCUUCAAUGUCACAGACCAAGCUUUGCGUUUAUUUAAUCAGUAUUUGGAGUGCUUGACCCUGGAUAAAUUUGAAGGUCAUGCUGAUGAACCCCAAUUGACUCAUCAAGCUCUAAAUCUUCUGGCGGAAAACAAAUUCUGGGCUGGAGUAGUCUUCCCUGACAUACACUCUGGGGCCAGCAAGCUGCCACCGCAUGUGAACUACAAGAUCCGGAUGGAUAUAGAUGCAGUGGAGAAAACAAAUAAAGUCAAAGACAGGUACUGGGAUCCUGGUCCAAGAGCUGACCCAGUGGAUGAUUUACGUUACAUCUGGGGAGGGUUUGCGUAUCUGCAAGACAUGAUUGAGCAUGGGAUUAUAAAGACCCAGACCAAUGCUGAAGUGCCAUCAGGAAUCUACCUGCAGCAAAUGCCGUAUCCCUGCUUUGUAGAUGAUAUCUUCAUGAUCACCCUGAACCGCUCCUUCCCUAUCUUCAUGGUGCUGGCUUGGAUCUAUUCGGUCUCCAUGAUAGUGAAGAGCAUUGUGCUGGAGAAGGAAAUGAGACUGAAAGAAGCCAUGAAGAACCGGGGAGUUACUAAUGGGGUUAUCUGGUACACCUGGUUUCUAGACAGCUUCAUCAUGAUGUCUGUGAGCAUGUCUCUCCUAACAGCACUAAUUACGUGUGGCAAGGUGCUUCACUACAGCAAUCCCCUCAUUCUCCUUCUGUUUUUGCUGACGUUCACCACAGCCACCAUCAUGCAGUGUUUCUUGCUCAGCACCUUCUUCUCCAAAGCUAACUUGGCAGCUGCCUGCAGCGGAGUCAUCUACUUCACCCUCUACCUGCCCCACGUCGUCUGCUUUGCUUGGCAGGACCGCAUGACUAUUAACCUGAAGAUUAUGGCAAGCUUGCUUUCUCCAGUGGCUUUUGGAUUCGGUACAGAAUACUUGUCACGCUAUGAAGAGCAAGGUGUUGGGCUACAAUGGGACAAUAUCAGGACCAGUCCUCUGGAAGGAGAUGAAUACAGUUUUUUCUUCUCCAUUGAGAUGAUGCUUUUUGAUGCUUUGCUAUAUGGAAUUCUCACAUGGUACCUUGAAAAUGUUUUUCCAGGGGAGUAUGGGAUACCACGGCCUUGGUAUUUCCCUCUGCAGGAGUCUUACUGGCUUGAGUCUGGCCACCCAAAAGCUGAGAAAACAGCAACUGCUGAUGAAAAGAGUCCCAGGAAAGAAGGCAGUCCAGCCUGGAAGGCCACAGGAGAGGAAAAGACUGCAAACGUGAGGGAGGAAGCAGAUGAGCCUGAAAAGCUGGAAGAACAGAGUGACAACCAGGGGGAGAAGGAUGUAAACACCUUUUUUGAACCUGAGCCUCCAGACCUGAUCCCGGGUGUGUGUGUGCAGAACCUGGUGAAGAUUUUUGCAGGCAGGCCCAAGCCAGCAGUGGAUGGCAUGAAUGUUACUUUCUAUGAGGACCAAAUCACAGCCUUCCUCGGCCACAAUGGAGCUGGAAAGACAACCACCAUGUCAAUCCUAACAGGCUUGUUUCCACCCACAUCUGGAACUGUCCUGGUUGGUGGCAAGGACAUCCAGAUACAUAUGGACUCGAUUCGGCAGAGUUUAGGCAUGUGUCCUCAAUACAACAUCUUGUUUAAUCACCUCACUGUAGCAGAGCACAUCUUGUUUUAUGCCCAGCUGAAAGGGAGGUCUCGAAAGGAAGCUGUGCUGGAGAUGGAGAUGAUGCUGGAAGAUAUAGGCCUCCCCCAUAAAAGGAAUGAAGAGGCUCAAAACCUGUCAGGUGGCAUGCAGAGAAAGCUAUCUGUUGCCAUUGCCUUUGUUGGUGAAGCAAAGGUGGUCGUCUUGGAUGAGCCCACCUCUGGAGUAGAUCCAUAUUCCAGGAGGUCUAUCUGGGAUCUUCUACUGAAGUAUCGCUCAGGCAGAACCAUCAUCCUCUCUACGCAUCACAUGGAUGAGGCAGACAUCCUUGGAGACCGGGUGGCCAUCAUUUCCCAAGGAAAAUUGUUCUGCUCAGGCUCUCCUGUCUUCCUAAAGAACUGCUUUGGAUCUGGCUUCUAUCUCACCUUGGUUCGCAAGAUGAAAAACACCCAAGGGGGAGUAGAAUGGGGUUCACACUCCCCUAGCUGUGGAUCUCAGUGCUCGUGUUCCUGUUCCAGGUGUGCACCUAAAGAUACAGUGGAAGGUCCCGAGCAAGAACUGGAUGGGGAUGUGAAUGAGCUUACAGAACUAAUUCAUCAUCAUGUUCCAGAAGCAAAGUUAAUUGAAAGUAUUGGUCAAGAACUCAUCUACCUUUUGCCCAGUAAAGAUUUUAAACAGCGAGCUUACGCCAGUCUCUUCAGAGAAUUGGAAGAAACCCUGGCUGACCUGGGACUCAGCAGUUUUGGGAUUUCGGAUACUCCCCUUGAAGAGGUUUUCCUGAAGGUCACAGCAGAUGCUGACCCUGGAUCACAGAAUGCAGGAGGUGCUCAAGAAAAUGGCUCCACUCUCAGAAAAACCUGCCUUGAGCAGAAAGAGAAGGCUGAACAACCCCCUUUGGCGACCAAUGGAGCCUCUCGAACACCUGCAGGCCGAACAGGGGAUGGGAAAGAAGGCAAAGGGUCCCGGCAGAAUAAAGGUUCUCAGCUUGUCCAUCAGCACAUCAAAGCACUGCUCAUCAAACGGUUCCACCAUGCUACCCGUAGCCGUAAGGACUUCCUUGCUCAGAUUGUUCUCCCGGCUACUUUUGUGUUGUUAGCUCUAAUACUUACAGUUAUUAUCCCUCCCUUUGGAGAAUAUCCCAGCUUAAUACUACAUCCUUGGAUCUAUGGACACCAGAUUACUUUCUUCAGCAAUGAGCAGCCUGGCAGUGAGCAGAUGGUUUCCCUCACUGAUGCCUUCUUGAAUAAGCCAGGAUUUGGAAAUCGCUGCAUGAAGGAAGAGCCUCUUCGGGACUACCCAUGCAGUAAUAUGUCAACUGCCUGGAGCAUACCACCUAUUCCUCCUAACAUAACCAACCUGUUUCUGACCCACAAAUGGAGCCCUGAUGACCCUUCUCCCUCCUGCAAGUGCAGCACUCGCAAGAAGCUCACUAUGCUCCCGGAAUGCCCCGCGGGAGCUGGAGGCCUUCCUCCCCCACAGAGUGUGCAGCGCAGCACAGAAAUUCUUCAAGAUCUCACCCACAGAAACAUUUCUGAUUUCCUGGUGAAAACUUAUCCCAGUCUGAUCAGAGAAAGUUUGAAGAGUAAAUACUGGGUUAAUGAGCAAAGGUAUGGAGGAAUUUCCAUUGGAGGAAAACUCCCAGUCCUUCAUGUCACUGGAGAUCAAAUUGUUGAUUUUUUGAGAGACCUUGGCCAAAUGAUGAAUAUAACAGGGGGUCAAGCCUCAAUGUCUGUUGCUAAAGAAAUGUCUAAUUUCCUUAAAUACAUGGAAACUGAAGACAACAUUAAGGUGUGGUUUAACAAUAAAGGCUGGCACGCCAUGGUAAGCUUUCUCAAUGUAGCCAACAAUGCAGUCCUGAGAGCCAAUCUGCGGCAAGGCCAAGCUCCUGAGGAAUAUGGGAUCACUGCAAUAAAUCAUCCUCUGAACCUCACCAAGGAGCAGCUCUCAGAAGUCACUGUGCUGACCACUUCGGUGGAUGCUGUUGUCGCCAUCUGUGUGAUUUUUGCCAUGUCCUUCAUCCCGGCCAGUUUUGUUUUGUAUCUGAUCCAAGAACGGGUGACAAAGGCCAAGCACCUCCAAUUUGUCAGUGGUGUUAGCCCUGCUGUUUACUGGCUAACCAAUUUCAUUUGGGACAUAGUGAAUUACACAGUGAGUGCUGGUAUGGUUGUGGGUAUAUUCAUUGGAUUCGAAAAGAAAGCGUACACGUCUCCAAGCAAUCUCCCUGUACUUAUUGCAUUGCUACUUCUGUAUGGGUGGGCAAUAAUUCCCAUGAUGUACCCAGCGUCCUACCUGUUCAAUGUCCCUAGCACUGCCUACGUUGCAUUAUCUUGUCUUAAUCUCUUCAUUGGUAUCAACAGCAGUGCCAUUACAUUUAUCCUGGAGUUGUUCGAAAAUAACCCAUCUUUGCAGAAAUUCAAUAAUACAUUGAAAAAUAUGCUGAUAAUCUUCCCACAUUUCUGCCUGGGCCGUGGACUCAUUGACCUAGCUAUGAACCAAGCAGUGACAGAUGUCUAUGCCAGGUUUGGUGAGAAGCAUGUCUUGAAUCCAUUCCAGUGGGAUUUUGUUGGAAAGAACCUGGUUGCCAUGGCAGUUGAAGGAGUUGUAUACUUUGUUCUGAAUCUCCUUAUGCAGCGUCAUCUGAUCCCCACAAGAUGGUUUUCUGAGCCUGCUAAGUUGCCUAUUAGUGAUGAAGAUGAGGAUGUUGCAGAGGAAAGACAAAGAAUUAUGAAUGGAGGAAACAAAACAGAUAUAUUAACAUUACAAGAACUGACCAAGAUUUAUGCAGGUAGACACAGGCCAGCAGUAGACAGACUCUGUGUUGGCGUUCGUCCGGGAGAGUGCUUUGGUCUCCUGGGAGUGAAUGGAGCUGGCAAGACGACAACCUUCAAAAUGCUGACUGGGGAUACUGACGUGACAUCUGGAGAUGCUGUAGUGGCUGGCAACAGUAUAUUGACCCACAUCUCUAAUGUCCAUCAAAACAUGGGCUACUGUCCACAGUUUGAUGCUAUUGAUGACCUCCUCACAGGCCGGGAACACCUCCAUCUCUAUGCACGCCUGCGAGGGGUCCCUGCAGAGGAAAUCGAGAGGGUUGCUGACUGGGGGAUUCAGAAGCUGGAUCUCCAGAUGUAUGCAGACCAGCUGGCAGGCACAUACAGUGGUGGUAACAAGCGCAAACUCUCCACUGCCAUUUCCCUAAUAGGCUGCCCUCCUCUUGUUCUGCUAGAUGAACCCACUACAGGGAUGGACCCUCAGUCCCGACGCUUCUUAUGGAACUCUAUUGUCAGUGUGAUCCGAGAAGGGCGAGCUGUAGUUCUGACCUCACACAGCAUGGAAGAAUGUGAAGCUCUCUGCACUCGUCUAGCCAUAAUGGUGAAGGGGACCUUCAAAUGCCUGGGCACUAUUCAACAUUUAAAAUACAGAUUUGGAGAUGGAUAUAUUGUCACCAUGAAAAUUAAAGCACCUAAACCUGGGCUGUGUCCAGAUCCAAGCCCAGCUGAGCAUUUCAUACAAGUCAACUUCCCAGGCAGUUUACAAAGAGAGAAACACUAUAACAUGCUGCAGUACCAGAUUUGCUCCUCCUCCUUGGCCAGGAUAUUUCGGUUACUUAUCUCCAACAAAGAAAACCUGAAUAUCGAAGAAUAUUCAGUCUCACAAACAACUUUGGAUCAGGUAUUUGUGAACUUUGCUAAGCAACAGAUGGAGGAUGAGGAAAUUCCUUUACACCCUCGUGCAGCUGGAGCCAGACGGGAGGUGAAGGUGUCCCCAGCUUUUCCUCGAUAG